AUGGAUUUCGUCAAGAAGGCUGCCGAAGGCGUCAAGGGCAACGCCGGCGAGAACAAAGGCCAGCCCGCGGAGGGCCAGGGCCAGGGCCAGGGUGGCGAGCAGAAGGACUACGUCGACAAGGCCUUCGGCAUGGCGGCCAGCAAGAGCGGCCACAACAUUGACCCCAACACCCAGGAGAAGAUCACCGAUGCCGGUCGAUCCGCCUACGAGAAGGCAACCGGUACCAAGGUCAAUCCCAAGAUUUCCAACUAG